GAGUUGCGUUGUUGCGCUGCGCUUCUAUCUAAGCUUCUUGUGCUGCUUGUGCGUGAGUUUGGGUUUGUUGUGAUUAAAAUUGUUUAUUACAUUUUAGAGUUAUUUUAACGACAAUUGACGAUGAAGAUUGAAGAAGUGAAAAGUACAGCCAAAACUCAGAGAAUUUCAGCUCAUACACAUAUUAAAGGUCUUGGAUUAGAUGAAAAUGGGGUUCCAAUUCAAAUGGCAGCCGGUCUCGUGGGCCAAGAAUCUGCGAGAGAGGCUGCAGGAAUUGUUGUGGACAUGAUAAGAAACAAGAAAAUGGCUGGCAGGGCUCUUCUGUUUGCCGGGCCACCUGGUACUGGCAAAACUGCUAUUGCUUUGGCAAUUGCUCAGGAGUUAGGUACCAAGGUACCCUUCUGCCCUAUGGUUGGUAGUGAAGUGUACAGUACAGAAAUCAAGAAAACAGAGGUCCUUAUGGAAAACUUCAGACGCGCUAUUGGACUGCGUAUCCGUGAAACCAAGGAGGUGUAUGAGGGAGAAGUGACUGAGCUUACUCCAGUUGAAACAGAGAAUCCAGCUGGAGGAUAUGGGAAAACAGUAUCACAUGUGAUAAUCGGUCUGAAAACAGCCAAAGGUACUAAGCAGCUGAAGUUAGACCCUACUAUCUAUGAAUCUCUGCAGAAAGAAAAGGUUGAAGUGGGUGAUGUUAUUUACAUUGAAGCAAACUCCGGCGCAGUCAAACGUCAAGGCAGAAGUGACACAUUUGCUACUGAAUUUGACCUUGAGGCUGAAGAGUAUGUCCCAUUGCCCAAAGGCGAUGUCCACAAGAAAAAGGAGGUGGUGCAGGAUGUCACACUACAUGAUUUAGACUGUGCCAACGCAAGACCGCAAGGCGGCCAUGAUAUCAUGUCCAUGAUGGGACAACUCAUGAAACCUAAAAAAACAGAAAUUACAGAUAAACUUAGAAAAGAAAUAAACAAGGUAGUUAAUAAAUAUAUAGACCAAGGCAUCGCCGAGUUAGUCCCAGGGGUUUUGUUUAUCGACGAGGUGCACAUGCUAGACAUAGAAACAUUCACGUAUUUGCAUCGAGCCCUGGAGUCUGCCAUAGCGCCCAUUGUUAUAUUCGCCACUAAUAGAGGACGUUGCCAAAUAAGAGGAACAGAAGACAUUAUUUCGCCUCACGGAAUACCUCUGGAUCUGCUGGAUAGACUUUUGAUAAUCCGCACCUUGCCAUAUAACAAAGCAGAGCUCCUACAGAUCUUGAAGCUGCGCGCCGCCACUGAAGGAAUAGCGAUAGAUGACGAAGCGCUUUCCGCUCUCGCUGAAGUGGGCGCUAAUACUACGUUGAGAUACGCGGCGCAGCUGCUGACGCCGGCGCGGCUGGCGGCGCGCGCGGCCGACAGCGCCAUCCAGCCGGCGCACGUGGCGGCCGUCACGGCGCUGUUCCUCGACGCCAAGUCCUCCGCGCGCAUCCUCACGCAGCACUCCGACAAGUACAUGAAGUAGGGGGCUUACCUUAUGUCACCACCUAGAUUACUCCCAGUGUUUUCCUACGCUGUUUUUCUAAAAAAGUUAAAUCAUUCUCUAAGCUAAAAUAUGUUUUGUCUCUUUCUAUCAAUUUGAAUAUUAUAAAGUGCGAUAGUAACAUAACAUAUUUUAGCUUAGAGUAUCUUUGAACUUUUUUAUGAAUAACGAUAGGAAAAUAGUGGAUGUCAAUUCAUAUCUGUGUGCUAACUAAAAUACUAUUUCACCGUACAAAUUUAUUUCCAUACAGAAUAUUUCGAUUUCAUUUCAUUCGAUUUUGUACAGUGAUCUGUUAUAUGUAUCUUAUUAUGGUGUAAAAAUCCCCUGUAAAAUUGUGUUACGAAUUGUACAAAACACCGCAUGGUGAAUAUUCGUAAUGCAGUGUUGCCCAAAAAUCUUGAUGAUUGUAUUGUUGAAUAACGUUUAUCUAAACGCUCUUAUAUUAUUAUGUACAAUGUAUGCCUACACGUUUACGUAUGUACGGGCAGUUUGUGUGGUUAUUUUUAUGAAGUUAUUGUAAUAACCAUAUGUAAUUUUUCGAUGUGAUUCUCGACUUGAAGAAAUGUUUCAGUACAAUAAAGCUUGAAUGUUUUUUUUUUACUAUUGGGGGUCUAUUACGUAAAUAUUAUAUUUACUUUUUGACGUAGGUAUGUUUGUUAAAAUAUCUUUAAAUAUUACGAAGCAUUCCUUUCAGUUCACAAAUGUUAGUUUCGUUUCGUUCGAAAUGCACUAUUUUAAGUUCAAAUAAAUAAGUCAUUAAUAAAUAA